AUGAGGCUUACUGCGAAUCGUUUUGGGUUUUUUGUCACCCACUGUGUGGUGCAUCUUGUGUUUUACGUUGUUCCGGUAACAUUAUUAAACCUGUUUUUCCGCUGGCCUAUAACUUUUUUUGAGUGGAUGAUUCAGGAGGAGGAGCUCACGUUUUCUUCGCAGAAGGACCGGCGCAUUGCUACCGUCAGGUCUCUCUGCAAUUCGACCGUCUAUGACUCCUUCGGUCUGGGCUCGUAUAAGUACUAUGAGGGCCCUAUGUACAGUGGACAUGUACAUACCAUUCUUGGAGCUCGACGUCCCCACUGUAGGGUGGAGUACACCCGUGAGACGGUGACUGCGGGGGAUGGCAACCCACUCUGUAUUGACUGCUUACCACCGGUGUUAUCUGGUGAAGCACAAGUGAGGGGAUUGGUGCUGAUUCUCCCGGGGCUUUUGAGCUCUUCACGGAGCGUUUAUAUCCAGCGUAUGGCGAAUGUUCUCUCGAGAGAGGGUUUUUUUGUCGGGGUUCUGAAUGCGCGUGGCGUUGGGGAUACACCACUGGAAAAAGCCCAAAUUUUUAGUGCCGUGUACACUGCAGAUUUGCGCCAUGUGCUAAAAAAUUAUUUUAACCCGAAACAGGUACAACAACGGCUAAAAAGCAGCCAAACAAAGCCGUUUAUUGCGCUGGGCUUAUCACUUGGUGGUGUUUUUCUUUGCAAGUAUAUUGGUGAACAAGGACUUUGGAAGGAGACGAAUCCGCUGAGCGCGGCCAUCGCCUUAACGUCCCCUUUUGAUAUGAAUGCGUCCGAUGAUCAAUUGAGUAAUUCGUUGUACAAUCGUGCGUUUUUAAGAAACCUAAUCGCGUACGCGGAGCGUCACAAGGCUGUCAUGGAACGACUACCAGGUGUGGAUACCCAGCUGCUAUUUAAAGGGGAACGCCCGCUCUUAUACCGAUUAAGUUCUGUUUUUCAAUUUGACCAAUACAUCACGGCUCCACAUUUUGGCUUCCGCUCGUCCGAAGAGUAUUAUAACGCUGGUAGCUGCUUCGUCUCCCUCUUAACGUCACAAAUUCCUGUUUUAUGCAUUGCCACCCGCGACGACCCCAUCUGUGGCACGCAAAAAAGCAUCCGUCGCUGGGAGAGACUUGCGAACACAAAUGCGAAUGUGGCGUACGUGGAAAUGCCCUCUGGGGGACAUUUGGGGUUUGUUGGCAAUCCAAUUGCGGAGUUCAAUAACGAUGCAAAUGAGGGGGAGCGACUCGUUCUUCGCUCCAUGAAGCGUUUCUGCGAAAAUUUUCAGGUUUGA